GUCAUUAUGCGCAAAAAAACUAGAGGCUUUUUCGGCAGCCCAGAUUCGCUUUUGUUAGAAGACAAUUUACAGCUUUGCAAUAGAUGUUUUUAUGAUCCUGUUUCGACGGUCAUUGGAUGCCACUGGUCAUGUGCAGGACGCAAACGUCUUCGUGACCCCUUUUCCUGAUUUCCCAAGCGACUUUUCCACUGCAUUCUGUGGCUUAAAGGCUCCAAAUCCAAAAUUCAGUGUUGUCAUAUAUUUUCUCUCUCUCUCUCUUUCUUUUUUGCCGUGCAUGUCUAUCUGUGUUAGAGAUCGAGAAGACAAACUCGAGGCCGAUUGCAGGCUGUUGUCAGAUCAGAUGCUAGACGGCUUCAAGAGUUGCAUUUUUAAACAGUGCACCAAUACAGCACUGGACGACUGAUCUCAAACCAGCAGCAGCACAGGAGGAAAACAUGGAUUAUAAGGCUUUGUUGGGUUGCCGUAUAAAUUAUGAAGAUUGCUUGAGGAGAAAGAGGGGAGAGGAAACCACAGACUGCGCAGGUCAAAGGACAGAAAAUCUGUGGGAAGCCCCAAUCACGUGAUUGACAAGUCCAUGCAACAGGAGUUCACGGGCUCUCUUAGUUUGAACCUUCACAAUGCAGAAAGCCACUUAUUAUGACAAUGCUGGACUUUUCGGAGGAUAUUCGUACCCUAAAUCUGACUCCUAUACAUAUGGUUCUACACACCAAGGCUUCUCAUCCUCCAGCAUAGAGAAUGACUAUCAAAAUUCAAUCUGCCCCAUUCAAACCACAUCAGUCCGACCACCAGCACAUAAAAACGGAGACAUCAAUGGAAGUUGUAUGCGACCAAGUGCCAGCCAGGGCAACAGCCAGCCAGAGAGUAUCAGCGAGCAACAGCAGGCCGCUCCUUUAGCAGCCAGCUCACCCAGUCCAAACACCAACUCUACACAAAAAAAGAAAUCCCCCAGCUCCACUGGCUCCAGCACUGCCACCCCAGUCAUCACCAAGCAGAUCUUCCCAUGGAUGAAAGAGUCCCGCCAAAACGCAAAGCAGAAAAGCACCAACUGCCCGACCGCAGGAGAAGCCUGCGAUGACAAGAGUCCACCUGGCCCUGCCUCGAAGCGAGUGCGCACUGCCUACACCAGCGCCCAACUAGUUGAACUGGAGAAGGAGUUUCAUUUCAAUCGCUACCUGUGCCGUCCCAGAAGAGUGGAGAUGGCCAAUCUGCUCAAUCUCACCGAGCGCCAAAUAAAGAUCUGGUUUCAAAACAGGCGGAUGAAGUACAAAAAAGAUCAGAAAUCUAAAGGCAUAAUGCAUUCCCCCCUAGGACACUCUCCGGACAGAAGCCCGCCGUUAAGUGGCUCGAAUCACAUUGGAUAUUCUGGUCAGCUUCCGAACAGCCUAAGCUACGACGCGCCAUCUCCGCCGUCGUUCGCCAAACCGCAACAGAACAUGUACGGGUUGGCAGCCUACACGGCGCCAUUGGGCGGCUGCUUACCGCAACAGAAAAGGUACCCGGGAACAGAGUACGAGCACCACAGCAUGCAGGGCAACGGCAGCUUUGCCAAUGCGAAUUUACAAAGUAGCCCUGUGUACGUCGGGGGAAACUUCGUUGACUCAAUGCCAGCUUCGGGCCCCAUGUUCAACCUCGGUCAUCUUCCCCAUCCCUCAUCCGCUAGUGUGGACUACAGCUGUGCCGCUCAGAUUCCGGGUAACCACCACCACGGACCGUGUGACCCGCACCCCACAUACACAGACCUCAGCUCUCACCACGCGUCUCAGGGAAGGCUGCCCGAUGCGCCCAAACUCACGCAUCUGUAAGGAUCCCAAGCGCAAAGUCGCUCUUUUAUUACCUCACUAGUUAAACUAAUUUAUAAAACUACACUCUGAGAGAAACAAACCGUAUUAUCCUGUAUUAUUAUUAUUAUUGAUAUGACUAUUACUGAUAUGAUUGUAAUUAUUUUUAAAAAAAUAGCUGUGGUCCAUUUCUCUUGACUGUUGACGAUACACGCGGUUGUUUGUUGUUUGGUUCUUGGAAGAACCGUAUUGGCGAAAUGAGGGCAAUUUCCAUAACGUGUUACUUGAAGGUAAGUUCUGUAGAUUUGACCGUAUAGGCAUCCGUCUUUAUAGAGAUGGGAUUUGUAGAGGAAAAGAACCAUUGCGUCUUUGUUCUUCUCACGGGUUCUUUCUAUUUCUCCAUUACAAAUACCGUUAUUUAUUAUUUCCAUCCAGCGUUUAUAUUGACCGAGUAUUAUAUUUAUUAUUUGUCGUUUGUAAUGCACAUUAUUUAUCUUCUCAUGUAUAUUAUUUAUAUAACAGUUGUAGAAUUUAUUUUUGAGCAGAAGCCGUUGAACUGGUGCAAAACAAGGUGAUGCAAUGUGGGACUGGUGUAUUUCUUUCUUCAUUCAGUAAUAAAAUAUUGUGAAACUGAAGAAUUAACAAGAAUUUCGAAAUUGUAAUUAUUGUUAUUAUAGGCUGCAUUUGGGAAUUUGGCAAUCUUUCAUUAUUGCCAUGGUAAUGAACAAUCACCAGCACGUUACGACACAUCCUCACGUCCAUUAUAAAUGUUAUUUUGUGAGUUGCACUGUCCAUGCAUUAAAUGAUGAAAUGGUAGCGAUAUGGAAAUGUUAUAUUUUAUUGUGUUAAACAUUUUGUAAAUAAAGUGCUUAAGCUAAACAAAUGCAAUUACAAAUGCUACAUCAAUCAUGCAUUUUCAUAUUUAGGAUCAAUUGAAAUUAGCAUCUUCGUAUUAUUGUGUGGAUAUGAAUAGAUUUCCAACUUGUAUAUCGCCCAAUUUACAAGGCGGAGGCGCCAUUUUGGAAACAUAAGGAUUGUAAACAAAGGAGGCACCUUCUCUCUCUCUCUCUCUCU